GAAAUGAAAUUCUCAGAUCUUGAAUCUCUCCAAGUUCAACUACUUGUGAAUUCUACAACUCGCAGACCUAUGAGCUACAUUUUUAUCCACCAACCUAUCACCCAUAAAAAUGUCUGUCACGACGUUAAAUGGCCAACCUACACUUAAUAUUUCCGGUCCCGGCCAGACCGCUCUCUCCCGUCUUGAUCCGCUCAAAAAAGUCUUCACCAAAUUCUUUUCCUCCAUUCCGCAGAAAGUAAGAGGUCAUGUUGUUGCUGUGAUCGGCGAACUUAUUGGCACAACUGCUUUUCUAUUCAUCGCAUUUUCCGCAGCCGAAGUCGCUCUCGCGUCGGCAAAUGAUAAUAAAGGCGACAAAGUUAGCUACGAGACAAAAUCGAUUAGCACAACUCAGAUAUUGUUUAUAGCAUUUGGGGCUGGAAUAAGUCUGGUGGUCAACGCGUGGACUUUCUUCCGUAUUAGUGGAGGGUUGUUUGAUCCCGCAGUUUCUAUCGCGUUAUUCUUUGUCGGUGCAAUCGAUUUGACUCGAUGUGUUCUACUUUGUAUAGCACAAUGCUUGGGUGCAAUUGCUGCUUCUGCAAUGGCUUAUGGUUUAUAUCAUGGAGGUCUACAUACGGCAACUACACUUAAGCCUGGCAUGAGUCCAGCACAGGGAGUCAUUGUUGAGAUGAUACUUACAUGUCAGCUUUGUUUUACAGUUCUGAUGCUCGCAGCCGAAAAGCAUGAGGCGACAUUUUUGGCACCUCUGGGUAUCGGACUAUCUGUGUUCAUAGGGGAACUAGCCGGCGUCUUCUGGACCGGCGGUUCCAUGAAUCCAGCCCGCUCCCUCGGUCCCGCAGUCGUAACCUUAAGUUUCCCAAGUUACCACUGGAUCUACUGGGUCGGCCCUAUUGCCGGCGCCGGCCUAGCAAGCAUAAUCUACAAACUAAUCAAAGCACUCGAAUACGAAACCGCACAGCUUUCCGAAGGUGAAAUGCACGCUCAUCCCGUCGAAGAUUCAGAGAAAGCAUCUGGACAUACGGGCCCCUGUGAAUGUAUGUGUUUCAAAGUGGCGGCUCAAGGACAAUCAUCGGCUGCUAGUACGCUACAAGUCGCUACGACGGACGCGAGGAAAAGUUCGAGUUUAGUUCCGACAAAGAGCACGAAGAGUGGGAACUCGGAGGUGAAGAAAACUGAGACGGUGGUGGAGGAGCCGGCAAAGACUCAGCCGAAGCCUGCUCCUGCUGCUGAUGAUGGUUUCUUCGGGGAGAUGUAUGCAGAUUGAGUUAAAUGUUAGAACAUGGUUCGAGGAAGGAGAUUGGUAUUAUUGUUUGUCUAAAGUUGAACGAUUGCGUCAUAGGAUUGGUUUAGUGAAUUAUUGAAUAACUUCUCCCCCUUUCGGGAUGAUUGGGGUAGUUGAUGAUAAGGUUCUGUGUGGGCAUGAGAGGAUGAUUUCAAAAUAUUCUAUCUUUUUUCUUCCAAAUGCAAAUGGUACAAUAACUUUCCUCACA